GUCGAUUGUACGGAGUUUUUAUAAAUACCCAAAUAGGUUAUUUUUUUAUAACUUAUACUACAAAUACAGCGACCUACCCAUUAUUACAAAAACAAUAGAUCAAAUCUAGAUCUACUUCAAAACUUCAAUCAUUUCUACCAAACGAAGGAUGGAACUGAAUAUUUCUUUCCUCUCCGGGUUGGGUUGUGGUCUUUGCCUAGGCCUGUCCCUGUUUGCCCUUAGGAAAUACCUAGGAGUAUUCUCCAACGCCAGCAAAGCCGUAGAAACUAUUAAGAAGUUCAAAUCCAGGUCCGAAUACAAACUGGUACUAGUGGUCCGAACAGACUUGCAGAUGUCCAAAGGAAAAAUUGCAGCUCAAUGUGGCCAUGCGUCAGUAGGAGCCUUUGAAAAGGCUCAGCGGAAGGACCCGGAGGGCUUAGAGCAGUGGCAGAUGACCGGUCAAGCCAAGGUCGCCUUAAAAACAGACUCCGUUGAUGAAAUAAAGAAGUUAGCAGAGAAAGCGAAGAAAAUGGGAGUAGUUACUUCAAUGAUCAGAGAUGCCGGGCGCACCCAAAUUGCCCCCAAUUCAAUAACUGUUCUAGGUGUAGGGCCAGCUCCUAAAGAAGUUAUUGAUGAAAUCACUGGACACUUGAAACUUCUAUAAGAAUAGACAAUAAUGUUAAUAAUAAUAAUAAGUUGCUCUUCUAAAGUGGAAGAACUAAGUUCUUUCAGACAACAUGAUGUCGAGCAUUUAUUUUAAGUACUGAUGUUAAUAAAUCAUAUUUGUUAACUG